CUGCCAUUAAAUGAUGAGAUUUUGACAUGAUCGCAGAGAAAUGACUUAUAUGAUAAGUAGGUAUCAGGAAUUGGUAGUUUCCUAGGUCAAAAAUAAAUUAAUUCGACGUUUAAUACAAUAAAAUGUUUAAAAAUAACUGUACUUUUAUUCAUCGAUCGAUCGAUACACUAAGUUUUAGAUAUUUUUGGCUAAUUAUUAAGAAAUAGGUAAGCUAUUUGCCGCCAAAAUACUAUGUCGUCAUGACUCACUUUUUCAUACAAAUUUCAAAGAUAAGUAUCGUUUUUGACAUUUGGAUAAAAGUAUUGAAUUUGACUAGUUGUAAAGUCGUUUUUAAGUCAAAAAUCGGAAUGGAGUGGCUUUUAGUGAGUAUGCCACUGCUUCACCCAAGGCAGGAGUAGUCAUUUGAUUUUCAAAAAGGUACUAGAUAUUUACUAUUUCGACACCCGCUAAGUAUACGUAUGUAUCUGCCAGAUACACGAAACAGUUUUUAUUGCAUUUUUGGCAUCUACAUACCUAUAUUUACCACAUAUAUUUUUAUUUUAUUUUUUCAACUACCCCAACAUACUUUUUUCUCAAACGUAUAAUUGUUUAUCUGCAUAUGGUGACAAAUAAACACAGCGUACAACCGUAUAAGUUCCAGUUACAUACUUUGACGCGGGGGGAAAAGGGCGCGCGGUGCGGGUAACUGCCGGUCACUCAGUUCUCCGGCGGGCAGCGAGUUGUGCGCGCGAGUGUUGCGUUGUUUCUUACCAUGUCGAGUGAACGUUAUAAAUUUUUAACUACAUUAAGGGAAGAUGCAAUUAAAAGCCAAAAAAAUGCUGUGGACCAAAUAAUAAGCGUAACAUCAGACCAGAUAGACUCGCCAUCAAGGCAAGAUACUCCAGUACACUUCUCAAAAUAUUUCACUAAUGAAGACUUGCAACAAAUGACGGAAUUUAUAGAAAAUAGUGACGAAGAAACAAGUGCUGCACAAAACCAUAUUAAACCCUCAGAAUGUACCAGAACACAUGCCCCAACCGUCACACAUACAGCUUCAGUGAUUUUGCCAAGUAACUCUCAUGACCCCAUAUUGGCAACUAUAACGCCCCAAUCACCCAUGAUGAGCAUGGUCAGUUCAGGUAUUCGAAAUGAUAUUUCUAUUGAGUCGCCAAAUUUCUCGUCAGUCAUAGCUCAAGCAAUUGCUCAGUUAGAUUGUGAUAUAUCACCAGCUCCUACGCCAAACGUUGUCAUGCCAGUUAGCUCACCUAUGCCAAUACAAACCCCGAUUACAGACAACGCUCUUUCUGACAUUGAACCAUCACCGAGGCGCAGGCUAUCCACAAGAAAAAAAGAUAAAGGUAGAUUACGAAUGGUCCAUCAAGACCAAUGGUUGGAUGUUAUGCGGAAGAAAAAUAAAAAUUUAGGAAAUGCGUACAAAAGUAGGAAUGGUAAAAUGAGGAAAAAGAAAGAGAUGGGGCCAUGUUGUGGAGAGAAAUGUAAGUUUAAAUGUUCACAAAAAAUCACUAAUGUUGACAGAGAUUUGCUUUUUGUGGCAUUUUGGUCAAUGGGAGAUAUAGUUCGUCAUUGGGAUUUUAUCAAUAAGUACUGUGAUAAAAUUCCAAAACGUAGAGUUACUACUGAAACUGCCUCUAGAAGAGAAUUUACUUUGCGCUAUUAUUUACCAACAAAAAUAGAUCAUGAGGUACAUGAGACUGAUUCAGUGUCUCCAAAGCCACAGAUAACGAAGAUACAGGUCUGUAAAACCAUGUUUUUGAACACUUUUGGGAUCAAACAAGGCCUGGUAUAUUCUGCUUUGAAAAAGCUUUCAUUGCAAGGCACUGUUGUCCACGAUAAAAGAGGUAUCCAUAGACAUACUAAGAAAAUUACUGAAGAGAUGAUUGCAAGUGUUUGUGAUCAUGUGAACAGCUUUGCACCUGUGGAAUCGCAUUAUGUUCGAAAACGUACGAAUAAAGUAUACUUAGAUGGAUCUCUUACAUUUGCUCGAAUGUUUCUGCUGUAUAAAGAUUGGAAUGAUCCUAAAAAUCAAAGUAAAGUUAAAACAGCAAGACAAUACCGAGACAUUGUCAAUAAGAAUAUAAAUUUGGGGUUCCAUGUCCCCAAAAAAGAUCAGUGUGAUGUUUGUCAAGUGUAUAAAAACUUACCACGUCCUGUGACUGAAGAGCAGCUUAACACAUACAAUACCCACAUGAGAAACAAGACUAUAGCGCGAGAGCUAAAGAACAAAGAUAAAGAAAGCACUAUGAAAUCAAAAGAAGUACUCACAGCGGUAUAUGAUUUUCAAAAAGUGCAUGGAAUGCCCUGUGGAGAAACUAGUAUUCUUUAUUAUAAGAGAAAGCUAACUGUAUUCAAUUUUACAAUAUACGAAAUGGGAAGCAAAGUUGCCAAGUGCUAUGUUUGGGAUGAAAGCACUGCAAGCCGAGGAGCAAACGAGGUGAGUAGCUGUUUAUAUGAUUAUAUGAAAGAACAUUACCAAAAAGGCAUAAAAACAUUCAACUUUUGGUCCGACAAUUGCGGGGGACAAAACCGCAAUCGUAUCGUUUUUGCAGCCUAUUUAAGAGCUGCAAAAGAUUUUGAAGUCACUAUAACUCAUAAAUAUUUUGAGAAAGGCCACACACAAAAUGAGGGUGAUAGUGUACACGCCCUUAUCGAGAGAACUGCCAAGAAUAAAAUGGUGUACACCCCCGAGCAAUGGUAUGCCCUCAUAAGGUGGGCCAAACAAGAUGGAAACCCUUACUUAGUCCAGGAAAUGACUACUUCAAAUUUUAUGAAUUUCAAAGCACUGCUCCCUGGAUGCAACUGGACUAUAAAUACAAACAGAGAACGAGUUUUCUGGUCUCAACUAAGACAGUUAGAAAUAUGGCCUCAAUUCUCUGACAGGAUACAAUAUAAAACAGAUUUUUGUGACCAUGAGUUCAAAUGCAUUAUUGUAAAUAAUGCACUAGAGACUCCCAAAACCAGAUCAAGGAACCGCAUAAGAUUAGACAACAGUCCACUUCCAGCCCCUCUAGCAAGAACAUUGACCCAAGCUUACGAGGGGAAAUUACCAAUACCCGAGGCUAAACUUCAGGAUUUGAAGUACUUAUGCCGAAAUAAUAUUAUACCAUCUGUUUAUCAUGACUUUUACAUGAGUUUGAUAGAGGGCAGCAAUGACAACCAGCAUGACAAUGAAGAUGAAGAAGACGAAGAAGAGGAAUGAAGAGUCAUCUUGUGAUCUCUUUACUGAUUAGUUGAUGACUGUUGUGGUCAUAAGUCUAAAAUGAUAAAUUAAAACGUGCAAUUUUAUUACUCAAUAAGCACAAUAUAGAAUAAAACCUUGUUAAAAUUAUUAUAAGUAAACAAUGAUAGUUCAGUAAUAUAAUAUUAAAUUUGAUCUCAGUACAAGAAUGUCCAAAUAGCUUUAUGAAACGACUGAUUUAUAUAGGUAAUUGUUAAGUAAUAAUUUUAUACUCAUUCUAUUUAGAAUUAACAUUACGUUAUUUUGAGAAUUUAUUUUGAGACAAACCCCAUACUUUUUACGAAAUUUUUACGAAUGCCUUUAAGGCAAUUUUUAUAAAGUUUAUGAAUAUUUUUUAUAAGUGAUUUCCAGUUCAGUAAGAACUUAUACCUAAUAAAACAAAAGAGAAAAGUCUGAUUACCAGUAGGUAGGUAGAUGCCAUUAAUUUUUAAUUAAUGUUACAUUAGAUCUUCGGUGUUAUAAACAUGCAACAUAUAAUUAAUAAAAAUGUUACUUUUUGACACGUGAAACGGUUGAAAUUUUUAUUUUUGUGUUUUGAAAAUAAACAUUAAGAUAAUACAAAUAUAUCCACUGCUUUUAUUUCAAAAUACCAAAACACAAAUGAUGUUUUUACAAGUUUGGAAUUCAGUUACACUUGUAUGCAUAAUAACAUAAUUACGGCGGUAAAAUAUGUAAGUAUCAGUUACACAGGAUAUUUCUAUUGACUUUACCAAUUAUAAGUCCGUAUCUGGCAGUUAAAGCAAUAAGGUACCUGAAUAUUCCAAUGAAGAAAUAUGUAUGUGCCAGUUAGCAUAUUUUGAUUGUUUUUUACAACGCAGUAAAAGUAUGCAUGUGUGAUAAAACAAAAACUUGAAGAUAUAGAAACAAAAUAUACUCUUAAUUAUAAAUUUCACUUAAUUUUAAACCCGCUCACCAAAUAUUAUACUUUAAUUCCAUAUAGGGGCUUAGCUAUGGCGAUUUAAAAAAAAUGAAAUCUUCAACUCGCUGUCCUAUAAAAUUUGCAUUUGUCAGUUACUUAGUUCUACUUAGGAGGUGUCGAUUUGUAAAAAUAUCUCACUUCAUAUACUGAUGAAAACUAGUUAGACCCGUCCAACAUCACGUCAACAAAUUUUGUACUAGCGAACUAUUUGGAUUUCAAUUUCAUCUAAUAAUAACAAGUUUAAUUGACAUCAUCGUUGCGCUAAAUAUAUUUUUCUACAUAUUUUACAAAUGACAUUAUAAUAGACAAGCAUAAGCAAUCUAAUUCCAACACCAAAUUAUAUUUUUGGCAAUUUUUUUUAAAUACUCAACAUGCUUUUGGCGUCGACUGUACUUUUUAUACAAAGUGUAACAGAAAGGUGUAGCCAUAUGAAAUAAAAAUAAUAAAAACUGUCUUGUACUUUUUAGUGCUCAUUAGACCUUUUUUUAUAUAAGUUUAUAUUGAAUAAAUAAUUAUUUAAUUUUAUUUUCUAAAUUAGGAAGAAAGCUUAUAACUGAGAAUUGUCGUGCUGUAUGACUAAUAAACCUUUCUAUUGCAUUUUGUAUAUUGACGAUCAGACAAUAGGAAACACUGCAUUACCUACGUUACUACAAACGUAAUAAGUGUCAUAUCUCACUGGUGGCGUUGAAAAAAGUAUAUAAGCCAACUAAAUAAUAAUAUCAGAUUUGAUAUAAAAAGUUUAGAUAUGAAACAUCAAAAUAAAUAAAUUAAUUCGACGUUUCAAUGCAAUAAAAUAUUGAAAAUUAACUAUACUUUUUUUCAUCGAUCGAUCGAUACACUAAGUUUUAGAUAUUUUUUAGCUAAUUAUUAAGUAAUAAGUAAGCUAUUUGACGCAAAAAUACUACGACGUCAUAACUCAGUUUUUUAUACUAAUUUCAAAGAAAAGUAUCGUUUUUGACAUUUGUAUAAAAGUAUUGAAUUUGACUAGUUGGAAACUACCGUAUUGGCAGAAGAAUAUUGGCUUAUAAACUUCUUUCUUCUAAAUGAUUUGAUAUUCUAGAAGGUAAUGAACCAAACCUGACCAAGUGGCCACCAGUGGGGCAAGACGCUUAGUGUAAGUCUCAUACGCCGGGAAUAAGACCGGGUUUUCUACCCGGCCAUGCUUCUUUGGCGUACUUCUUCUUGCGAGGCUCGCUUGAUGGACCCGCUUCUUCGGGAGCUGAAACGAUGAGAAUAACA